AUGUCGCCUUCCGUUGUUUACGCCGACGCCGUUCUCUUUGAUAUGGACGGCACACUGACCGACUCCAUCGCCGCCGUCGAGGCCGCAUGGGGAAAGGUCGCCCGCGACAUCAACCAAGAUCCCAAAUACGUUAUCGCCGCCACUCACGGUAAGCGCGCCGUCGAUAACCUUGCGCGCUUCCGCCCCGACAUCAGGGCGGACGACAUGGACAAGGAGGUCCAGGGCUUCGAGGAGACCAUUCUCUACUUCGCCGAUGCUUACAACAAGCACGGGCCUGGCUCGCAGACCGGUUCUCCUUGGCCCUCCGCCACUCCGGCAACGCCCGCCACACCCUACGACUCCGGUUUCGCUACGCCUGACAUGGGAUCUGCACCGGGUUCCCGCCAUGGCUCGUUCUCUGGUGGCGCUCGCCGCCCAUCGUUCGGUACCCGCCUCGGCAACAUGCUCGCGAUGAGCUCCGUCGAGCCUCAACGUCGCUAUGAUAACCCGAUUGCCGAGGACGCCGACGAGGAGGAGGCCCAGGGCGGCAAGGGCGGUCUCACUGGUGCAAAAACUGGUGGCGAGGUUGAUCCCGCAUACCGCGUUCACCACCCCGAGACGCGUCAUGAGCGCAAGGCGUGGCAGAUCGAGGCUGCUGCCGUCGACCGCUCCGUCAAGAUUCUUCCCGGUGUCAAGCGCAUGAUCGACUCCUUGCCCAAAGGCCGCUACGCUGUUGCUACCUCUGGUGCGAAGACAUACGCAUAUGGCUGCAUGACCCGUGUUGGCAUCACUCCUCCCGAAAUCACGGUGACGGCCGAUGACAAGCGCCUUAAGGCCGGCAAGCCCGCUCCUGACCCUUUCCUGCUCGCCGCUGAGCUUCUUGGCUACGACUGCAAGAAGUGCAUCGUCUUCGAGGACUCUCCCUCCGGUAUCAAGGCCGGCGUUGCCUCGGGCGCUACCGUCAUCGCCGUCUGCACCUCGCACGAGCGCAAGAAGAUCGAGAACUGCGGCGCGCACUUCAUCGUCGAGGACAUGACGAAGGUCCGCUGCACGCCCAUCGAGGAGGAUGGCAAGAUCGUGCAGCUCAAGUUUGAGAUCGACGCAUGA